AUGAUGUGGGAAGAGAUCGCCACAUACCUCUACCUCUUGGUAGCAGCAAUGAUCAAAGGAAACCACUACAACUGCGCCCAGUUCGCUGCUGCACAACGUCUCGACUGGCUUUUUGGACGUCUCAGUAACCCACAAUCUGCCGAAGGAAUUCUCGACGUGCUCUAUUGUGUUUUAACGGAGUCACCAGAAGCGCUGAACAUGAUUAAUGAAGGACACAUUCGUUCAGUGAUUUCGUUACUCGAGAAAGUCGGCAGAGAUCCUAAGUGGACUGAUGUCGAUACCGACGUCGCCGCAGCCGAACAAGCACCCCGGGGCCUCGUAACCAGCCGCAGAUGUCUGGCCAAUCGAUGCUUUACUCUUCGGACAGCUGAAAUUGUCCGAUGA